GUUUUUAUCUACUUCAAUUGAGUUGACUUUUUUAAUAUACAUAAAUAUAGUUUCAAAACACAUUGAUUAGUGAAAUGUUAUGUGCCUGUUACCUUAGCAACCAUUUAAAAACAAUUAUGGAUGCUGAUUAGUCUUCAAUAAGUUUUGGACAAAGCUAUAAUACUUUGUUUUUUUUAAAUACAAGUAUUACAUAUGUUUGAGAUAUUAGCUGUGAUGUAGAAUUGUCAUAUAUAAAAUGCAAACUGAAGUACCUACAUUACCUGUAGUACAUUUUAAUACCCAUAAAAACCUCAAUAGAAAACAAAAUUCUAAUUUAGGGAAAUCAGUGGAAACUAAAUGUAGUUUGCCACAAAAAAAUAUAACAUGUCUUUCAUCUAAUUGUAAGAAGAAAAACUUGCAUCCUUUACUUGGUCAACCAUAUCAAGUUAAUAUUCGACAGCAACAUUUUUCUGAACACUCAAAACUUAAUAAAAGUAGCAUUGAACAAAGAGUUCUAUCAGCAAAAAUGUUACGCAUUAAAGAACUGCAAAAUCAAUUAGCUGAUGCACAUUAUCAAUUAAAUGAAUUAAGUAAUGAAAACAAAUUAUUAAAAUCCCUACAAAAGAGGCAAGAUUCGGCAUUAAAACGUUAUGAAGGAACAAAUGCUGAACUUCCAAGAAUCAUUAAUUCACAUCAUGAGGAACUGAGAGUACUUCAAAUUAAAUAUAAAAAGUUAAAAGCUCUACAAAAGGAAACAUGUGAUUUAUUGAAGGAAAAGGAAAAUGAACUUCAACAACUGCAGUGUCAAAAUAAACAUUUGUUACAACUCAGUAAAGAUCGUAAUUUAGAAGAAAGGGAAAAAUUACAACUGCAAGUUUCAGAUUUACAUCAUAGAAUACAGCAACAGCAAGAUACUAUACAGACAUUACACAGAAAAUUGACUCUUGAAAGUAAAAGUUUAAAACAUCAAUUACACACGGAAAUUUCUAAGCGAAAAGAGACACAAAAAAAUUUAGAUGAAGCAACAGAAAAAUUAAGAGGUUUAGAAAAUUUAUUAGAUAAUAGAGAACAUAGAUUAUAUUCUAGCGGGCAACUGCAAUUAUUAUUUCGUAGUAAAAAUAGACGUCUUGGUACACAAUCUCUCACAAAUUUAAGAGAUAUUAGCUCAUCAAAUCCAUUGAAAUUACCAGAUAAAUGUAAAAAAUGGCAAAUGGAUGUACAAGAUAAUACCUUGCCUAUACUUCAUUCAUCCGAAUUAAAUGAUAAAAAUAUCAAAGAGAAUGAAGAAGUGAAUUCAAAUCAAACCUUGAAUUCUGUAAGGUCAGAAACAAUGGCAAAUUUGGAACAAGUAAGAAAGUAUCGUCUCCAAAAAUCAUUGCACAGAAGAUCUUCAUCAAAUGAUUCAGAAGAGAAAUUUAAAGAACCAGAUUUCACAGUAAAUGAAAAUUCAAAGAUUUCAAUAAACUUACAAAAUUUACAAGAGUCAAGAAAGCAAGAGGAAAAUGUUAAUUGGCAGUAUGAAAUGAAUACAGAUAAAUUGAAAAAAAUAUAUAAAAAUAAAAAAUAUCAGAACUUAAACAAAACAUUGGAAAAAGAACUUUCUGAUUCAUCUGCAAAUAGUGGUAGUGAAAAUGAAAGUGAAAAUUUCAAAAAUAAUUAUGUUAAUGCAGCUAACUCCAGACAACUACACAAAAGAUUAAUUAGCGACACAGAUGACACUGAACAUUUAAAAGAGUUAAUAUUUUCUGAAUAUAAAGAUAAAUUUAAAGUACAGGAGAGAAAAGAUUCUUACAAAAGUAAUUCAGAAACAGAAUUUGAACUCCAAGAAGAGUCAGUUAAACAUCACUUUCUAAUAAACAAUCAAAAUGAUACACUUAAAUUAAUAUCUUCUAUAUGUGAUGAUCAAAUACAAAUUAAAAAUGUAGGUGAUCAAUAUAAUGUAGCACAUACUGAACAAGAAGAUACAAAUUUAGAAAAUGUUGAGAAGUAUAUACUUGGUCAAACUAAAAGACAAGAAUAUAGUCAUAUAACACAAAGUGACUUUGAAACUGAAUUAUUGUUACAAACAUUAGAAUCAAAAGAUGAACUAUGGAAUCAAAAUGCCACAUCAUUCAUAACUUAUAAUGAAUUAGAAUCAAAGGUGCCUCAUGUAAAUGAAAAUCUUUUUAAAGAUUUGCAAACAACAUCUACAAAGGAUCCAUUAAAUGUUUCUAAAAACUUGGAUGAAAAAGAAGAUAUAAACAAAAUAGAAACAAGUGAAAUAGAAAUAAGAAGCAAAAAUAUUCUGAUUGAAAACAGUGAUGUAGAAACAAAGAAUAAAUUAAAUAAGCAAGAUAUAAAUACAGAAUCAAAAAAUAUUGAGACAUCAUUAAAUGAUGUAAAAUCAUAUGAUUCUAAUUCAAUUCCUAAUACAUCUGUAGAUGUUAAUACUACAAAUAAAAUUAGUACUCAACUAAAACCAGCUAAUUAUAUCAAAGAACACUUAUUAGCAUCAAUGAAAGCUAUUGAUGAUAAUGAAAACAUUGAAUUUUUCAGCCCAGAUCAUAAAAAGCAUAUGACAAACAGAAAACAAAUUACAGAGAAUUUAUUCCAUGGUUUGCCUACUCAUAUGAAGAAAAAGCAAGAUAUCAUUAAAGACAUAUUUGAUACUGAUAUGAUUAAUAAAAAUGAAUCAAUAGGUAGCUGUAAUAAAUUACACUGAUGUAAAACUUAGUAAACGAAUUGUUCAUAAAGUCACAAUGAAAUGAUAAACCCUUUAAAUAAACUUAGUACAUACAUAUGAUAUUCUGUCUAUAAUACGUAUAAUAUUAUACAUGUAAUUUCUUUUAUGAGGGGUUAGAAAUUUCUAUCUCAAUACAAUAAAACACUUAAGAAUUUAUAAUCAUAAAGUUUGUAUCUCUUACCCUGAUCACAAUCUGUACUAUAUACAAAUGUACACUACAUUUAAUUUUAGUAAAA